AUGGCAACAUCUCUAGAAAAUUCCCGUCGUCCAACAUCUGCUUCUACAGUUGCAACAAACUGGUCUCGAGGUACUUCAAACUCAAUUGGACAUAAUGUUUCUGAUCGACAUAUACCUGUCAUCAAGGGCGACGUAAAUUUUGUGAAUACAAGUAAUACUACAGAAGCAACUGUUGAUGAUGCUGUUCCAUCACAUUAUAUAAAAGAAAUACUUGAACAACUCUCUAAAUUACCAAUCGAUUCAAUCGAUCAUGAAGAUGCACUUGAAUUCAUCUAUGAUCUAUUCUAUAUGCAUUCACCAUUGAAUCAAGAUGAUUCACGUAUAGCACGUAUACUGAUAGAAUGUGAUUAUUGUUCUAUAGUUCACAAUUGUUUAAUUGAAUUUAUGAAAAUUGGUAUAUUUAGUAAUACAUCAAUAAGACGUUCAACACAAUUUAUUCUUUAUACAUUAUGGAAUUUUACUGGUAUAAGUAUGGAAUUUCGUAUUUAUUUAUCCAAUAAUAAAUAUUUUGUUGAAUUUUUAUUAAAAAAUUUUUUAGAAUAUUUAAAAAAUUUAAAAACUGAAGAAAAUUUAGCAAAACUUACAGAUAAUUUAAAUCAAUCAAUAAUAAGUAUAAUACAUAAUUUAACAAUAAAUACAAAUCAUUUAAAUAUUGAACAAACAUUUCAUAUUAUAAAUGAACUUCUUUUUGAACAAGAACAAAUUAAAACAACUGAACGUUUUCGUGUAACAUUACUUCUUUGUUUAAUUAAUCUCAAUGGUAAACAAGUUUAUGAAAAUUUAAUGAUAUAUCAAUCAACAGUUAAAUUACUUUUUCAUUUUUUUAAAAAAAUUGUACAACAUGAAAUUCUUAUGAUAAGUACAGGUUUAUCAGCAUGGGUUAUAGCAUAUGCUAUUAAUAAAAUGCCAAUUGAUAUUAUACUUAUUGAUGAUAAUCGUCUUUAUUCAUUCAUGAUUUUAUUUAAACGUGGAAUGCGAGAUGAAAAAUUACAAGCUUGUUUUACAUUAAAUCGUUGUAUUCAGAAAUCUACACAUGCAAAAGAAAUUAUAGAAAAAGAUGGAACAUGUUGGAAUUUAUUUCAACAAUAUAAAGUUUUUCUUCAUGGUGAACAAAAUAUCUAA